AUGGCUGACACUCAGCAGGAGCGGAGAAACCAACUCCGACAGGCUCAAAAAGUACACAGGUUGAAGCAGAAAACGAUUCUACAGAAUACAACUGUGCGAGUAUCUGAGCUGGAAGAUCAGAUUGGGAAGAUCCGAGAUGCAUUUGCCAACCUUGAGAAUGAUGCCUCUGUCAGUAAUCCAGCAAUCUAUCAGCGACUGAUUAAGCUACGUGCAGCAAUCUUUCUACCGCAAUCAGAAAGUCCAGAGAACAGCUCAGCUGCACCUGAAAAGGCAAAUCUUAGUCCAAAACCUGAUACCAUUGAAUAUGUGGCUUUUCAGAGACCAGUACUACAACCUGGCUUCGAAAAUCUGCUUGGAGAAGGUGUUUCCUCUUCGACUUCAUCCAGUUUUCAUCUGGAUGACGGUCACUCAGCGAUACAAAGCCGAAGUUCAGUAGAACGUCCACUUUCAGACAGCGAGCAUCUUUCCUAUUACUUUCAAGAAACGAGUUUUACCCGCAGCUUGCACCGUUAUUGCUUGGAGCAUGCAUUUCGCUUGUUCAUCGACCCCCGCUCGUCUCCAACUGCCACCUAUCGGGUAUUCAGAUUGGUAUCCUGCAUACGAGACAGGGAGAAGACAUAUCCAUACUUCAAAAGGUUGGUGACAGGGGGAAUCGGAGAUAAACUCGAGCUACCGGGCCUCCCAUUCUAUUGUAUCGGAGGCGCUGGGACACACUACCCGCCCAAAGACGAAUCUGGAAAUGCAAUUUUCGCUCCAAAUCGCCGGAUGCCAAGGCGGAUUCUUGGCAGCAUGGCAAUAGCUGAGAGCUGUUUGGAUGGGGAUACAAGCUUUAAUCAACAGAAAGCGCUCGAGACAUUUGGGCUCGGGGGUCAAUGGUUCGAUUGUCAAGAUGUCGAAGGAUAUAUUAGCGAGCGCGGAGUAUCCCUGAAAAAAUACUGUGCACUUCCUAAGAUACCGGAUAGGAAAGCAGAUCGCAUCCUUGAUAUUGACUUAUUCUUUCGCAGUCGAGUACCGGGGUUCCGCAAGGCUGAUGUUGAGCAUGCGUUCGCUACCUCACUGCAUCGUGAUAUCUCAUCGUCAUGA